UUUACCAGGAACUCGUGUAGCUACAAUCAACGGACAUUAGGCCAGCUUAGAGAAAGGCCAUGUUUCAAGUUCCUCUCGCCCUUGUGAUUACGAUCGUGCUUUUGUGUUCAUCUUUUACCGGUCUUCUAACUUCCGCUUCGGAAAGAAAAGAAGCUGAAGUCACUGCUCCUGCACAUGUCCGUCGACACACUUUAGACGCUGAGAAACCAGGACUACAUGAAGCGUCGAUGUGGAAACGAGAUAUCACAACGCAUACAAUGUCAGACAGUGAUCCUACUGCUGAAGACAAAGAUGGUCCUUCACAUGUACAUCGCAGAGCAACAUUGUCUCCUCAGGUGUUGACCCAUGCAGUACUCGGCAUAGAAGAAACAAUGAAAACGUUAUCACAAACUGUACAACGUCUUUCUGACGAUGUCAUAAACGAGAAGGCUUCAAUUCUUGCUGUCCUCAACACGUUCAAGGAAGAAAGCAUGAAAUGGCUGAGCAGUGUAGCGUCGGUCCCCGGCCUUCUUCAAGAUCUUUCGCAGCGGUUCGAUGAAUUUGAGAAGACCGCCAAUGAAAAACUCGUCACAAUAGAAGCAUCACUUUUCGGACACGACAAGCUACUACAUCAAGUGAUCCAAGAGAGCCAAAUGACCUCUCGCAGGCUAAGUUUGUUCAGCGAACAACAUACUCUAAGAUUCAACGGCGUUGAAACAAUCCUACGUCGUAACUUCCGGAAGAUCGGGAACGUGUCGGCGGAAUUAGGAAAUAUCAUCCCUAGACGUGUAGAUGACUUCGUUCAAGAAGGUAUUUCUAGGAAGCUAGAAUUAGCAGGAACAGCAAGCUUCAACAACACGCUUCGCGAAAUACGUCGUAUGGAGUCAUCCAUUGAAACGAUUAAGAUUCAGCUCGAGCAGAAGAACUCUACAGAGAAGCUGCGGAUAAUUGGCUCAAGUUAUCCUACAGCGUUUUUUCACGUCGAAGGCAUCACAGAACACAUUGAGAAGAUGAAUGCAUCCAAGAAUACCGCUUGUAUCCAAAGUGAGCCAUACGUCAUCAACGGGUACACAGCAAAACUGGAGCUGAGCGUCACAGAUAAAAAAGACAUUGUAUGGUUAGGUACGUUCUUCCUUCUUUGCCGUGGCUCAGGAAACUCACUUCUCCAGUGGCCGUUCAGAACGAAGUUUGUGCUCUCCAUUUUUCACCCGAAGGAGCCAACGAAAGAUAUUCACAAAACAGUGACAAGGGAACUCUUUCAGCAUUGCCCAGGCUUCGACAAGCCUGACACAAAGUGUAGAGGGUGUGGUUUUGGAGAGGUUCUAUCAUACAAAUCAGCUAAGACGGAGGGGUAUCUCCUCGAUGAUGCCAUUACAGUUGGAGUUACUUUAUUUCCCGAAGUUAUUCCGGCUUCCGAAAAUACUCAGUCUGUGGACACUCCGAGAAAGAUUUCACCCUUCUUUCGUCUAUUUUGAAACUCUCCAGAGACUUUUGACAGCGAUCAACAGCGGUGCAGCUCGACGCAGAAUAUUUUUAUUGCAACUAAGUGUCAUGCAGUAACUUCUCCAUCGCAGUCAAUGAUAAAAUCAGGCCUCAGAACUCCACCGCAAAACAAGCUGAAGGUCAACCAUUGCGCAGAAUGAUACCUUUAUCCCUCCUGACAUGUGGGAGGAGCAGGGCGUACACCAUUUUGUGACAGUUUGCAUAACUGCGUAAGUGGCACAAGGAGGCGUACGCCGCCCGUCUUCAACAAAUCAGGAGAGAGCGCUAUGCGGCGAAGUGCUGCUCUAAGAGUGAGGUAACCGCAGUGGCAGAGCAACAGUGGCUUUUACCGACUACUACAUGGCCACAGACAAUCAUAAUUACUUAAUGAGGAAGAUGAUACCAGUGUAGCUCUGUUGUAGCAGUAGCUUUGUUGAUAGGUUGACACAACUUAUACAUAUAAGUGCUCUGCUUGAAAUGCGUAAAUGCUCUGUAAAUAUAGUUACCGCUGCGCCAAUAAAACACGAAUCAUCAUCAUCAUCAUCAGCUCUGUAAA